AUGAAGCUGCAGUCUCUUGUCACUCUUGCUCUCUCGGGCCUUGCUACUGCCCAGAGCCGCCCCAACCUUACUGCCGCUCUUGGAUCUGAGAACUCUACCCUCUCUGAGCUCACAGGCCUCAUUGCCGCUCAGCCCAGUCUCCUCCGAGACCUUGGCCGUCUGAGGAACGUUACCAUCCUGGCUCCAAGCAACGAUGCCCUCAAGGAACUCCUCAAGGAUACUGCAAUUGCCCGCAUGGUGGAGAAUGAUCCCAGCGCCGUUGCUUCCCUCCUCCAGUACCACGUUCUGAACGGUACCUACUAUGCCAGCAACAUCACUGGUAUGGAUGGACCUGCGUUCGUCCCUACCAUGCUCAGCAACGCGACAUACGCCAAUGUCACUGGUGGACAGCGUGUUGAGGCCAUGGCCAUGAACGGUACCGUCAGCUUCUACAGUGGAUUCCGCGCGCAGUCCAAUGUCACCAAGGCUGAUCUCAACUUCACUGGUGGUGUCAUCCACAUCAUCAACCGUGUUCUUACUAUCCCCAAGAACCUUUCCGACACUGCCAUUGCUGCCAACCUCUCCGCCGUUGCUGGUGCUCUCACCGAGUCCAAGUUGGUCUCCAACCUCACCCGCGCCAGGAACAUCACCGUCUUUGCGCCCAGCAACAGCGCCUUCGCCAACAUUGGCUCCAUCCUCGCCAACGCCAGCGAGUCUGAUCUCAUGAACAUCCUCGGGUACCAUGUUAUCAACAACACUGUUGGCUACAGCACCGACCUCAAGAACGGCACUCUCACCACUGCUGCUGGUGAGAAGGUUAACAUCAAGAUUGACAACGGCACUGUCUACGUCAACCAGGCCAAGGUCAUCGUCCCCAACGUGCUCAUCGCCAACGGUGUCGUCCACGUCAUUGAUUCCGUCCUCAACCCUGAGAAGUCGUCUGCUACUGCCGACCCCACUGCCAAGACCCAAGAAGCAGCAUUCUCCGGCGCCAGCUCCGUCAGCGACAUUCCCUUCACCUCGGGAGUUCCCGAGAACACUGCGGAGGCUACCGGUCUAUCGCCAUCCACCUCCACUGAGGGUGGUGCCCAGGCCACAGCCGCCAUUGCGCUCGGUGCUCUGUUUGGUGGUGCUGCUCUCGUCAUGAACUUCUAA